AUGUCUUCACCACAACCGUCACACCAUGGUUCUGUCUCAAUCAGACUCGGAAGCGGGUCGGCAAGAUGGGAUAGGAGCGUCCCGCCCUUGUUCAGACCUGUCCUUCGUGCAUACCUACUUGGCUACGCAUUCUCCGUUGGUCCAAGGCUGUUGGCCUUGGUCCUCCAUCACGCCUUGAAGCUCGCCCGGAGGCGACACAAGGCUGCAGAUGGCCUAGCCGAAAACAAACCUGAGCCUCAGCUGCUCGAGUCUCUUACCAAGACGGUGCGAGCCGGGCUUGAAUGGCAAAGGUUUCCUACUUUCUGUGCUGCUCUUGUCGGCGGCAGCACCUUGGUGGAGCCCAUCCUUCGCAAAGCAAUUGCUCGCGUCUUGCACGGUAUAGCAGAAACAAACAGGAUCAGAUUAUCAAGAUGGCUGUCCUCGUUCAUCGCGGCAUGGCUCAGCCUACGACUGCUCCAGUCCAAACAGAGCAUCCCGUCCACCACCACGCUCGCUACAGCUGCAACCCCGCUGGGGUCGCCCGGGCCAGACCAGAGACCGAGGCCCCAAGCUGGCCGCACCCUGGAUCUCACACUCUUCGCCGCGACCCGUGCCCUGGAUGUGUUGGUAGGGGAGAUCUGGUCCCGCCGUCGGACCAUCCGCUCUCCUUCUGCUAGCACAACAACAAAGGCCCUCGACCACUUCACGUCCAGCCUGGCCGACCCCCUGAUCUUCGCCGCCUCAUCGAGCCUCAUUAUGUGGAACUGGUUCUACAACCCCUCCGCGCUUCCCCGCGCCUACAACAAGUGGAUCGCAAGCGCCGCCUCCGUCGACCGGCGCCUCGUAGUUGCCCUCCAACGCGUCAGGGACGGUAUCAUGCGGUACGGCGAGGACACGGGACACGCACCUCUCCUACAGGAGAUGUGCGAGGAGUACCGCUGGCCCAUGCAGUGGGGAGACCCUGCCGUCAGCGUUCCCUUUCCUUGUGAGAUGGUCCACAUGGGAGUUGGGCCAUCCUGCGAGCUGCACGCCCUGAGCAGGUUCCGCAGGGCUUGGUUGUGGAGCAUGAGGACGUACCUGCCGCUCCAGAUGGCGGUGCUGCUCCUGAGGUUCCGGUCAUUCAAGACUCUAAGGCGUGACGUGGUCCGCGCCUUCCUGUCUGCGUCACGAUCGUCUGCGUUCCUGGGAUCGUUCAUCACACUGUUCUACUACGGUGUGUGCCUGUCGCGGACGCGCGUUGGGCCGCACAUCGUGGGGAAGGACGCCAAGGCGCGGCAGAAGAUCGAUGCGACGAUGCUUCCGCGCAAGUACGACGCCGACAAGCAGUGGAGAGAGACAGUCGUCUUCGCCGCUAGCACGGCGGUGGUGUUCACGUGUGUGAUGGAGAACAAGAGGAGGGUUAGAGGAGUCCUCGGGGGUCUGCUGAGGACUGUGCUCGCGGCUUAG